AUGCUGCUCGGCGCUCUUUUUGCCGGGCUAUUCCUGGCGACGGCCAGUCAGGCCGUCCCUACAGCUACACGACGGGAUCCCGAGGGGGUUGUCAUUUUCAAGCGCGAUUCUGUGCUGACCCCCCGCGAUCUCGAGCUGGCCGAGAUGCAUGGAGUCAACCUGACUCAGAUGUACAAACACUCGCUCCACAAGCGCGAUGAUGGAGACGACAUCACCAUCUGGUUCGACAACGGGUUUCCGGAAGUCGAGGGUCCCCAAGAACACCCACUGUCGAAGCGACAGAGGGCUCGACUCUGGUGGAGCCACCACUACUCAGCAUCCGGAGGAGGUAUUUCCGAUAUGUGUCGGCAACAUGACAGGAAGGAUUGGACCUCUAGCAAUUCGCCUUACACCGGCGGCGUGAGAGCCAUUGCGGAAUGGGCGCGGGACAACAAAGGUUAUUUCAUCUGGGGAGACAUUGGCGGAGGCUGGGUCUGGAGGACAGUGUUGAUUGGGGGGUCCAACUCCGGCCGGAACGCCCGCUACAGAGGCCAGGUCACUGAUCCUGGCAUCGCGACGCGUGCCUUUGUUGGGACGGACGAUGUCAAGGACGACGCCGACUGGACUCACGACCGGGGCAGGGAUUUCUCGUCCUCGACGGGCGGAUGGAGGGCGGCUUCGUACGGAUGA